CGGCAGCCUAGGCAGCCGGGGGCUCUUUCCGAGCGCGGCCCUCCGCACGCCUGCAGUUGGCUGCUGGGCGCGGCCGGAGGUGUGGGCAGGCCGAAGCCCUCCUUUCGUGGCGGCCGCUCCGGGGAGGUGCCGGCUGAGCGAGCGCUGCGCGGAGCCGCUGCAGCUCGCGGGCCAUGGCGAGCCUGAAGGAGGAGCUGCUGAAGCCCAUCUGGCAUGCCUUCACCGCGCUGGACCUGGACAGGAGCGGCAAAGUCUCCAAGUCCCAGCUCAAGGUCCUUUCUCACAACUUGUGCACAUUGCUAAAUGUUCCACAUGAUCCAGUGGCUUUGGAAGAGCAUUUUAGGGAUGAUGAUGAAGGACCUGUUUCCAAUCAGGGUUAUAUGCCUUAUUUAAACAGAUUCAUCUUGGAAAAGGUUCAAGGAAACUUUGACAAAGUUGAAUUCAAUAAAAUGUGUUGGACUCUGUGUGCCAAAAAGAACCUUAAGAGAAAUACCUUGCUCCUUACUGAUGAGGAUGCUUUUAAAGUAUGGGUCAUCUUCAAUUUUCUAUCUGAAGAUAAAUAUCCACUAAUCAUCGUACCAGAGGAGAUUGAAUACUUGCUUAGGAAACUGACAGAAGCCAUGGGAUUAGGCUGGCACCAAGAACAGUUUGAACAUUACAAGAUCAGCUUGGACACCAAUUGGGAAGGUCUUUCUGCCUGGGAAUUGAUUGAACUCAUUGGAAGUGGUCGGUUUAGCAAAGGAAUGGAUGGACAAACAGUGUCUAUGGCAAUUAAUGAAGUCUUCAAUGAACUUAUAUUAGAUGUAUUGAAACAGGGUUAUAUGUGGAAGAAAGGCCACAGAAGGAAAAACUGGACAGAACGUUGGUUUGUCUUAAAACCCAAUGUUAUAUCAUAUUAUGUGAGUGAAGAUUUAAAAGAUAAAAGAGGAGAUAUAGUACUGGACAGCAACUGUACUGUAGAGGCCUUGCCUGACAAAGAUGGGAAGAAAUGCCUCUUUCUUAUAAAUAGCUUAGAGAAAUGUUUUGAAAUCAGUGCCUCUGAUAAGAAGAAGAAACAGGAGUGGAUUCAAGCUAUUCAGACAACUGUAAACCUGCUAAGAUUAAAUAGCCCUCCCCCUCACAAGGAAGCACGCCAGAAACGUAAAGAAUUACGCCAGAAACUGCAAGCUGAACAAGAGGAACUGGAGAGGCAAAUGAAAGAGCUGCAAGUGGCCAAUGAAAACAAACAGAAGGAACUGGAGAUGGUUCGAAAGCAACUUGAAGAAGCUGCAACUCGAGCUUCAGAGGAAGAGAAGAAGCGUCUGCAGACUCAAAUGGAACUGCAAGAUAGAUUCAGUCUUGAGCUAGAGAGAGAGAAAAUGAUAAGACAGAAAAUGGAAGAGCAGGUUGCACAGAAGUCAUCUGAGCUAGAACAAUAUUUACUGAGAGUCCGGGAACUUGAGGAAAUGUAUAAGCAGCUGCAGGAGGCCUUGGAAGAUGAGAAACAAGCACGCCAAGAUGAGGAGACUGUCAGGAGACUUCAAGCCAGGCUGCUGGAAGAAGAGUCCGCCAAGAGAGCAGAACUGGAGAAAUGGCAUUUAGAGCAACAGCAGACCAUUCAGGUGACUGAAGCUGAGAAGCAGGAGUUGGAAAAUCAGAGAAUGGCGAAGGAACAUGCUCUUCAAGUUGCCAUGCAGCAGUUAGAACAGCUGGAAUUGGAUAGAAAGCAAGCACUUGAACAGUAUGAGGAGGUAAAAAAGAAGUUGGAAGCAGCAGCAAACAAGACCAAGAGCUGGAAAGACAAAGUAGCUCAUCAUGAGGGAUUGAUUCGAUUAAUUGAACCAGGUUCCAAGAAUCCUCACUUGAUCACAAAUUGGGGACCAGCAGCCUUCACUGAAGCUGAACUUGAACAAAGAGAGAAGAGUUGGAAGGGGAAAAGGAGCACUUCGGAGCAGUAAACGAAGCUUAAAUGUUUGGGGGCAGGCAGGAAGAAAUCUAAUUGCUAAAUAUAUUAAGCAAUACCAGCUUAAAAUACCAUUGUUUAAAAUAGAGCUGGUUCAAGAUUUCCAUCAACAAGUUGAAUUGGCCAACAAAAUAUCCAUUCUCUACUGCACAUAUUUGACUAAAGCAUUGUCAUGCUCCUAUGCAAUGUAAACCAAUAAAUUAUAGCACAGUUUGGGUGGAUGUGGGAGUAAGGGUCCAUAUGGCUUGAAAUUUACAUAAAUUGUUGCUAUAUUGACUACUACCCUUACCCAGAUCAGAAAAGAUUGUGUGUUCUGACUUGAACUGUGCUUUUUGCCUUUUGAUGGGAAAGUUGAGUGAGCCUCUUACUGUGUUCAGUUAACAUAGGCUGGCUAAUGCACUAUAAACUCAACCUGUUAGUUACAUGUUUGGGGCAAUUUCUAAAUCUUAGCAAGACAGUAGUGUGUAAAGGAAAAUUUGAAGAGAAUGUAAGUUAGAUUCAGAUUUAAGCUGCAUCAGCUGUGCUGGUGGAAGUGGAUUUUCCCACUCCCUCCUUUAGCCCUGAAAAUGUGCUACCCAGAGAGUCAGGAGACCCUGUGAAAUGGGUUGAGCUAGGGGAAAGGAAGAUCCCCAAAAAACAGGCCAAGGAACUUUCCUCAAGCUGAGUCAUUCUGCUUGUGGAAGACAGUUCCUGAACCCAGCUCCAUGAAUUGUAUGUUAAAUAUCUCAUAACUUAGUAAUAUCUGUCUGCAAAUAGUAGACAACUGCAAAUUAUUGUAAUUUUGAGAAAUACAAAUAUCCUUUGUGUUGGAAGAUAGCUUUUGGCAGAAUUCUUGCAGUUCUUUUCCUAGGUUUAGGAAGCCUAGUUUAGGAAUUCAUAGUUCAGUCCUGGCAGUGUGUACUCCUGAGCCUUUUACUUUAAAAUGUUAUGUUAUGUUAUUUGUGAAGUCAUGCCUGACCCAUCGCAACCCCAUGGACAACAUUCCUUCAGGCUCUCCUAUCCUCCACCAUC